AUGGUGACCACCCGUUCUAAAGCUCAGACCCCCAGCUGUCCACCUCAGGUCAGCGAUGUCUCCCCGGUCCUUCGCUCGGGUUUUCAGACCCUCUGCUCAGCCUCCUCGGCCUCUCCCGCCGAACUUCAUGCCAACAAAUACAUGAUUUCAGGCCCGGUGCGUCCCUUCACCCCGGUAAACUCUCCCGCGACUAAGGUUCCCGUGCCGAUCCAUCCAUCGACUGUGGCCCUGGAAUCAAGUCGCGCCCAGGAACAUGUCGAUCCACAUUUGGUUCAAGAGGGCAUCAACUUCUAUCCCCUCCAAAGCCUUUGGUCCCCGGCUUUUACCCCCUCGGCUGGAAAUCUUCCACCCGGACUCCGAAGUCCCAACUUCAUUGACUCCGGCUCGACUGACGGGCCUUCGGCCACUGAAUCCUCAAGCUCCUCCAUAUCUGACGGCUUCAGCUCUGGAUCCGAGUCUGAAUCCAGCGCCCCGGCUUCGGCACCUCCAUCAAUCCCAAACUCCUCGGCGUUCCCAUCUCCAUCCUCUUCGGAUCUCUGCUCGGUUCCGCCCUCGGAGAUAUUCUACGCCAAUCGACCAAGACCACAACCUGUCGCCACUGGGUCUGGUAACUCCUACGAUGACCCAAUGGUCAUCGACGACAAUGCCGCCGCCGAUUCUGAUCCAGAAUCGCUUCCCUUCGGCCCGACCACCAAGUGGGGCUCCACGCAACAGGCUCGUCCUCCAACCAAUCCCGUCAAUCCUGACCCUUCGGCUCGAGAAAUGAUGGAAUUCGAUUACAAUACCAUUUGA